AUGUCUACACCAAAGGAGACAGUAGCGUACAACGAACACGCCGACGUCGACAUCGAGCGCGACAGCAAGGACGUGGCACCCGAGCCCGUCACCCUCACGCAAGAGGACAAUGACCGGAUCCGGCACAAGACGGAUAAGCGAAUCCUCUCGAUCCUUAUCUGGAUCUACUUUCUGCAGAUCCUCGACAAGUCUGUUCUUGGUCUCGGAAACGUCUGGGGCCUGAGCCAGGACACUGGUCUCAAAGGGCAGGACUAUUCUACGAUUGCGAGCAUAAACGCCAUCGCCCAACUCGCAUGGCAGCCCUUCUCUUCCUAUCUUCUCGUCCGCGUCCCGGCGCGACACCUCAUGACUGGAAUGGUGCUUGGAUGGGGCAUCGCAGCGACUUGUAUGGCCGCCGCGCACAAUUUCGGCGGCCUCCUCGCAACCCGAUUCUUGCUCGGUCUGUUCGAGGCAGGAUGCCUGCCGCUUUUCGGCAUGCUCACUGCUCAAUGGUACCGCCGCGCCGAGCAACCGUCCCGCGUCGCUGCGUGGUACUCGACCAACGGUCUGGCCACCAUUUUUGGAUCGUUCCUCUCGUGGGCUCUGGGCCACGUCAAGAAUGAACACGUCAAGGCUUGGCAACUCAUCUUCAUCAUUGUCGGUGUUAUUACCGUCCUCUCUGCUCCGCUUGUUUGGUUCGUCCUCGACAGCGACAUUGAAAGUGCGCGUUUCCUCGACGAGCGCGAGAAGGCCCAAGCUUACGAACGCCUCCGCGCCAAUAACACUGGUACCGGUUCGCACGAGUACAAGUUUUCGCAGGUAUGGGAGAUGUUCUACGACCCCAAAUCGUGGCUCUGGCUCUUCAUGAGUUUGCUACUUAACAUUGGCGCCUCGGUUUCCAACGCUUUUGGACCGACUCUUAUUGCCGGCUUUGGUUUCGACAAGGGCACCACAUCUCUCCUCAACAUUCCCUUUGGAGCGCUCCAAUUCAUUGCUAUCAUUGCCGCGUCGUACGCUGCCCAAGUCUGGCGCCUCAAGGGCGCCGUCUUGGCCAUCUUUGUUAUUCCGGUAAUCAUCGGCCUCGCACUCCUCUACACCCAAUCCACCUCUACUGGAUUCAAGCAGGCUCCCGCCCUCGUCGGUUUCUACCUCAUUUCCGCCCUCUACGGCGGAAACCCCCUGAUCGUAACUUGGAUGGCGGCCAACACUGCCGGCCAAACCAAGAAAUCGACCAUCAUGUCAUUGUACAAUGCCGGCUCGGCUGCGGGCAACAUUAUCGGCCCAUACCUCUUCCAGAGCAAGGAUAAGCCGCAGUACCGCCCCGGCGUCAAGAUUGUCAUGGGCAUGUUCUGCGCCCUCCUCGCUGUUAUUGGGCUCCAGGUUAUUGUGCUUGGAUUCCUCAACAAGCAGCGACAGCGCCAGCGCGUCGCUAAUGGCAAACCCGAGUUCAUCAAGGACACGUCGAUGAGCUCGAAAUGGGAGGCGCAGGAGGAGGUCCAGGAGGAAGGCGCUGGCGUUCGGCUCGGACAGAACGCGCUGCUCGACCUCACCGACUUUGAGAACGACGAAAUGGUUUAUGUCUACUAG